GAGAUUCUCUCUACUGUCAGCGCUUUCUGCUUGUCCGAUCUGAGACAACGUGUGAAGCCGGAGAAACGAGCGCAGAUCCCGGGAACAGCCCGCAGUGCAGGAGCGGUCACCAGCCAGGAGCCAAGUUUGCCGUUACCAUGACGACUUCGCUGACCGCCGCUGAGAUCCGACAGAAGUUUAUCGACUUCUUCAAGGAGAAUGGCCACACGUACGUCCACUCCUCCGCCACCGUCCCCCUGGAUGACCCCACCCUGCUGUUCGCCAACGCAGGCAUGAACCAGUUUAAGCCGAUCUUUCUGAACACCAUUGACCCUUCCCACCCUAUGGCCAGGCUGGUCCGAGCCGCCAACACCCAGAAGUGUAUCCGUGCUGGCGGGAAGCACAACGACCUGGAUGACGUGGGGAAGGACGUCUAUCAUCACACCUUCUUUGAGAUGCUGGGCUCCUGGUCCUUUGGGGACUACUUCAAGGAGCUGGCGUGUAAACUGGCCCUGGACCUUCUGACCAAGGAAUUUGGCAUAGACAUUGAGCGCCUGUACGUCACCUACUUUGGUGGUCACGAGGCGGCAGGUUUGGAACCGGACCUGGAAUGUAAGCAGAUUUGGCUCAACCUGGGGCUUCCAGAGAGCCGCAUAUUACCAGGCAGCAUGAAGGACAACUUCUGGGAGAUGGGGGACACGGGCCCCUGUGGACCCUGCAGCGAGAUGCACUUUGACCGAAUUGGGGGCCGCGAUGCCGCUCACUUGGUCAAUAUGGACGACCCCAACGUGCUGGAGAUCUGGAACCUGGUGUUCAUUCAGUUUAACAGGGAAAGUGACGGCAGCUUAAAACCAUUGCCCAAGAAAAGUAUUGACACCGGGAUGGGUCUGGAGCGGCUGGUGUCCGUGCUGCAGAGCAAGAUGUCCAACUACGACACCGACCUCUUCGUUCCAUACUUUGAUGCCAUCCAGAAGGGCACCGGAGCAAGGCCAUAUUCUGGCAAGGUGGGUGCAGAGGAUGAAGAUGGCGUAGACAUGGCAUACAGAGUGCUCGCAGAUCACGCCAGGACCAUCACAGUUGCCCUUGCUGAUGGUGGGAGACCGGACAAUACUGGCCGUGGAUAUGUUUUACGCCGAAUCCUGCGCCGCGCUGUGAGAUACUCUCACGAGAAACUUGGUGCAUCCAAAGGCUUCUUCGCCAGCCUGGUUGAUGUUGUCGUCCAAUCGCUGGGGGACGCUUUCCCCGAGCUUAAGAAGGACCCUGACAUGGUAAAGGACAUCAUUAACGAGGAGGAGAUUCAGUUCCUGAAAACUCUCAACAGGGGGCGCCGCAUCCUGGACCGGAAGAUACAGAGCCUGGGGGAGAGCAAGACCAUCCCUGGUGACACAGCAUGGUUGCUGUACGACACAUAUGGAUUCCCUGUGGAUCUGACCGGCCUGAUUGCAGAGGAACGAGGCAUGAAAGUGGAUAUGGAGAGCUUUGAAGAGGAGAGAAAGGCUGCCCAGCUCAAGUCUCAGGGGAAGGGGGCAGGUGACGAGGACCUGUUGAUGUUGGAUAUUUACGCCAUUGAAGAGCUGCGCACCCGGGGUCUGGAGCCGACAGAUGAUUCCACAAAGUACAACUACACGUCAAGUCCAGAUGGUGUCUACGUGUUUAAUGGAGUGGAGGCCACUUUGAGGGCCAUUCGGCGGGAGAAGACUUUUGUGGAUGAGGUCAACACAGGGCAGGAGUGCGGUCUGGUCCUAGAUAAGACCUGCUUCUAUGCAGAACAAGGAGGACAGACGUACGAUGAGGGAUACAUGGUCCGGGAGGAUGACAGCAGUGAGGACAAAACAGAGUUCAGUGUAAGGAACACACAGGUCCGGGGCGGUUACGUCCUACACGUGGGGACUGUGUACGGCAGCCUAAAGGUCGGUGACCGCGUACAUCUCUACGUCGAUGAGGCAAGGCGACGUCCAGUUAUGAGCAACCACACAGCCACCCACAUCCUGAACUUUGCUCUGCGCUCGGUCCUCGGGGAGGCGGAUCAGCGGGGGUCUCUGGUUGCUCCUGACAGGUUGAGGUUUGAUUUCACAGCAAAAGGAGCCAUGAGCACAAAUGAAAUCCGCAGAACAGAGGAGAUCGCAAACCAGCUGAUCCAGGAGAAGAAGACCGUCUAUGCCUUGGACUGUCCCUUGGCAGCUGCUAAAGCAAUUCAGGGGCUACGUGCGGUGUUUGAUGAGACCUACCCGGACCCUGUACGUGUGGUGUCUGUAGGGAUCCCUGUAGAGGAUCUGCUGGCUGAUCCCUCUGGCCCCGCAGGCUCUGUGACGUCGGUGGAGUUCUGUGGUGGAACGCACCUGCAGAACUCUGGCCAUGCUGGACAGUUGGUUAUUGUCACAGAAGAAGCCAUUGCAAAGGGAAUCCGGAGAAUUGUGGCCCUCACCGGGGUGGAAGCGCAGAAGGCUGUGAGGAGGCAGGAGACCCUGAAAGCUGCACUCGCUCAACUGGAAGCCAAAGUGAAGCAGCAGACUACCCCCAACAAGGAUGUUCAGAAGGACAUUGCUGACCUCAGCGAGACCCUGGCUACAGCAGUCAUCUCUCAGUGGCAGAAGGACGAGCUCCGAGAACUGCUGAAAUCGCUUAAGAAGACUAUGGAUGAUCUAGACCGCUCCAGCAAAGCUGAUAUCCAGAAGCGGGUCCUGGAAAAGACAAAACAGCUGAUAGCAGAAAACCCGAACCAACCCCUCCUGGUCCUAGAGAUGGAAGAGGGGGCAUCUGCCAAGGCUCUGAAUGAAUCUCUGAAACUGCUCAAGUCUCAGUCUCCGAACACCUCGGCCAUAAUCUUUGCUGUGGACAACGAGGCUGGAAAAAUCACCUGCCUGUGCCAAGUGCCCCAGGAGGCCGCAGACAAAGGCCUGAAAGCCAACGAGUGGGUGCAGCAAGUGACUGACCUGAUGGACGGUAAGGGAGGAGGGAAGGACACGUCGGCACAGGCCACUGGCAGGAACCUGAGUUGCCUUCCUGACGUGCUGAGACUGGCCGAGGACUUCGCCAAACUCAAGUUCGAUUCCUUGAAGAACUAAAAGGGAGAAGUCAUUGUGACAACACUGGAGAGAAUGCUCCUUCCGUCCAGUGCUUGUGGGACAGUUUAUCCACCUGGCAUGGAAAGGGUUUAUGUGGUGGCACUGGCCCCUGUGGACAUGUUUCAUCCUGUAGUUUCAACCCCCUCCCCCUCAGUAUUAGUGCAUCGCUCAUUCAUUGGCCUUGCAUGGGACGUAGCUGCUCACAUUCCCUUACAGCUGGAAAGGGAUUAGCCAGGAAAGGGUUAAGAAUGUAGCCUCCUGUUAAUAACCUGUGUCCUGCCCUCUGGUAUUGGGGGCCCGACGUGUUCACCGCCUUGUAUGUAGAGCGAGACUUACAUGUCUGACCUUAAAUAAUAAAAAAAAUAACUGAC